AUGCCUCCGGACAUGGACACAAAACUACUUCUAGCUGGCGUAGCCACCGCAUUGGUCGGCAGUAUCUGCGUCUAUUCCCUCGUCUCCCCCGCAAACCGAUCCGGCGGCGGUGACGAACAGCCUCCGGGGCUGUUGAAAUCCUUCUUCCUCUUCUUCUACUCGUGCUUCAUCAAGCCCCACACCGGCGACUCCAAGGGCAACCAGCAGGAUGCCCUCGAGAGCUUCUACAAGAAGCAGGCCGGUGCCUACGACGCGACCCGCGGCGUCUUGCUUCAGGGCCGCGAGGAUAUGCUCGCGCUCGUUGCCGCGCAGCUCAAGGCGAGAGCCGAAGCUGCCCUGGCUGAGGGCCACAAGAAACAGAAGCGCAGAAUCUGGGUUGACGUUGGUGGUGGCACGGGCUACAACAUUGAGGCCAUGUCUUGCUUCGUCAACGUCCCCGAGUUCUUCUCGAGCGUCUACAUCGUCGAUUUCUCUCCCUCUCUCUGCGAAGUCGCGAGGAAACGCUUCGAAAGGCUCGGCUGGAAGAACGUCAAGGUUAUUUGUGAGGACGCUAGGAAGUUCCGCCUCGAGGAUUAUGAGAAUGAUCUCUCGGGCGACCGCACUCCUAUGAGGUCCCCCAGUUACAGCUACUUCGAGCCCAAGAGGCCGGAGCAUGGCGGUGCUGAUCUCGUAACCCUGUCGUACAGUCUUUCCAUGAUUCCCGACUACCACUCCGUUAUCGACUCCCUUUCUUGCCUUCUCUCCCCUCGCGGAGUCUUUGGCGUUGUCGAUUUCUACACCCAGUCCAAGGCUGACUUCUCCUUCCGCAACUUCACCGGUGGUAUCAUGAACCGCCAUGUCAACUUCUUCACCCGCAGCUUCUGGCGAGCUUGGUUCGACAUUGACCGUGUCAGCCUCGAGCCUGGUCGUCGCGACUACCUCGAGUACAAGUUCGGCACCUUGCUGACCAUCAAUGGCCGCAAUAAGUCCCUCGGUCGUAUCCCCUACUACGUCUGGCUCGGUGUGCAUAAAGCUCCCUUCUCCUCUUCGAGCUUGCCCCAUGAAAUCAUUGAGAGGAUUGACGCCCUCGUGACCGAGUCGCCUCGCCUGGUACCCGCAAACAAGGGCGGAGAUGCCCUUGCGCGUGCCGUUGAGCGCUCGGCUCCCGAGAUCCGUUCCAAGGCAUUCCUCACCGCUGUGCAGAACCUCUCUGCCAACCUUCCCCUCCCGGCCUUCUUCUACCAGAACCACCACUGGAGGAUCUACUAUGAUGAUCAACUCAAGAAACACACUCAGUUCAAUGACGAAUACAUCUACGCCUUCACCUGGGAAGACGCCCGCGUUGACGAACGCAUUCUCAAGAUUGGCCCCAAGGACGUCAUCCUCGCUAUCACUAGCGCCGGCGACAACAUUCUCUCCUACGCCCGCCAGGGUCCCGCGCGUAUCCACGCCGUCGACCUCAACCCCACGCAGAACCAUCUCCUCGAGCUCAAGGUCGCCUCUUACACCGCCCUGCCGUACGAGGACUUCUGGAAGAUCUUUGGCGAAGGCAAGCACGUCAACUUCCGUGAGCUCCUCCUGACUAAGCUUUCCCCCCACCUCUCCAGCCGCGCUUUCCAGUACUGGCUCAGCAACGUCGAUGUUUUCACUAAGCACACUCACGGCCUCUACGACACUGGCGGCUCUCGUCAUGCCAUCCGCGUCGUGCGCUGGGUUUCCCGUAUCUUCGGCUGCCGCAAUGCCGUCGACUCGAUCCUCUCGGCCAAAACGCUCAACGAGCAGCGCGAGACCUGGCGUAACCGCAUCCGUCCCGCUCUUCUCUCCCGUCUCAUCUGCAACCUGGUCGUCAGCCAGGAAAGCUUCCUCUGGGCUGCGCUGGGCGUGCCCAAGAACCAGCUGGCCAUGAUUGAGCAGGAUCACGCCGAGAGCGACUCCGUCAAGGGCCCCAACCCCACCUCCAAGAACAAGCGCUCCCACGCCAUCUGGAACUACAUGGUCGACACCCUCGACCCCGUUGCCGAGGAGACUCACAUCGCAGGCGACAACCCGUACUACUACGUCUGCCUUGCGGGCAAGUUCUCGCCCCGAUGCCACCCAGACUACCUCCACCGCCAGACCCACGCGCGCCUCUCCCAACCCGGCGCCCUCGACGGCCUCCGCAUCCACACAGACGAGCUCGAUGAGGUCAUCGCCCGCAUCACCCCCGGCACGCUCACCAUCGCCGUCGUCAUGGACAGCAUGGACUGGUUCGACCCCUCCGACCCGGGAGCCGCCGUGCGCCAGAUCUCUCGCCUCAACCGCGCCCUCGCUAUGGGUGGUCGCGUUCUUCUGCGCUCCUCGGCCCUCACCCCUUGGUACGUCAAGGAGUUCGAGGCCUACGGAUUCUCGCCUAAGAGGGUUGGUGAGCGGGGCGUCGAGACGGCUUGCAUUGAUAGGGUUAAUAUGAAACGCAUUGCCAUGGCAAAGUCAAACUAUAUAGCUUCCCUCCGGCAGGUCGCCACAUCGAUGCUCUUACCCGUUGCCUUCCUGACACAAGCAGUUCACCUCGCACAGGCCCAGAUCGACUGUAACGCAAAGGAAUUCGUGGUUAAGACACAAGAGGACGCCAACAGCCUUUCCUCAUGCUCUUACUUCCAUGGCACCGUCUAUAUAUCAGACAAUGCGGAGGGCGACAUAAUAAUCGACGGGCUGAACGCCGUCGGCGGUCGGUUCAGGACCUUGAGUGGUGGCAGCAGCAGGCUCACCAGCAUAUCCUCCCCAUCCCUCACCUUAGUAGGGGCCGAGUUUUCCGCUACCUAUAUGAACCAGCUCCGGUCCAUAAAAUUCCCCAAGUUAGAGAAAGUAGUGGGUGGGGUUUACAUCAUGGGCGUGCCUGAACUAGUGGAAGCAGACUUUGGAGCGCUCGUUGAGAUAGGGGGCGAUUUCACGAUCCAACGGGCUGAGAAGUUCGAGACUUUCCCCAUCAAUGCUGGCACAGGAAACAUAUUAACGAAUGGGGAUGCGGCGGUGAGGAUCACCGACUCCGGGUUUCGCAGCCUCGGCAGAAUUUUCCAAGGCUCGGUGAUAAACGAAGCUUUGCUCUCGAAUCUUCCGAACCUCCACGAGAUGUCGCUCGACGUAGUCAAAGCCAACGAGAUUGUUAUUGAAGGGAAUGGAAACCUCACCAUGUACAUGAACGGAAGCAUGAAAUGGUAUCCUCGGGGCGAGAUCAACUUCCUCAACGUAACGGGGGUUCGCGCGAUACAGCCAUGCGACUGGCCAACCGUGGGCGAGCUCAUCAUCACGAGCAAUCCGAUGGAGCAUUUGCGCUUCGAGGCCUCUGGGUUGAAGAGCCUCACGGUUCAAAACAAUCCGCAGCUCAAAUCGCUGUGGCCGACGCGGAGGGGCUUCCCGAGAGUUUUAACGGACGUCAUCAUCACCCACAAUCCGCAGCUCAAGCUCAGCACGAUAUCUUCUGGUCCUGACCCGCUUUCCGGACUGAGAGAGAAAUGCGAGCAAAGUGAUGACAGAGACGAGAGAGAAGACCAAUGGUCUUGGCCGUACGAGAGCAUGAGGAUGAUUAACAUUUCUGCCGAUAUCGACGGCGACUUCUUCGAUCGUCUCCUCAACAGAUGGUUUCAAAAUAGCAGAGGGCCUAGAAUAGAGUCUGUGGAGGUCAUGUCGACGAAUCCGGCGUUUAACUGCGCGGUUUUCGAUGAGGUGCGUACCAAGAAAGGGAAAAUCACCAACUCCUACUCGUGCCAAGGCCAGACGGCUCCGUACGGGUCGGCGGCUUUGUUUUCUCCUCAGCCUUGGUUGGCGGUUGUUCUCUUUGCUAUCACGUUGGGAGCACUGCAUCUGUGA